ACUUCGCUUGCUGUGGGACGACGUGGAGCUGCCCUACGGCCAGACCUUCUCCCAGCUUGGUAGCCCAACAGACCUGCAGCUCGUGAAGCUCUCCAUGGUGGAGGACUUCGCAGAAGAUCUGUUGCUUGCGGUUGCGCAAGGAGAGGUUUCCAAGGUUGGUGAUAUUUUGGGAAGACCCCAAGAUCCCAACUGCAUGUAUGCAGACGGCCACUCCGUGAUCAGCAAGACCAGCCAACUCGGGAAUGCAGCUAUCCUUCAUUUGCUCCUUCUUGCUGCUGCCGACAUCAACCACACCCUUCCCUGUGGUCGUACAGCCUUGCAUGAAGCUGCAAAGGAGGACUGCGGCGAGGUGGCAAAGCAGCUAAUAGCUGCAGGGGCCCAGAAAGAUCAGACUAACCUCGGAGGGGCCACGCCCUUACACUUCGCAGCUAAUCGGGGUCACGUCCGCAUGGUCCAGAUCUUACUGCAGGCUGGGGCCGACAUGGACAAAACUGACGGACGCGGCCUCACACCCUUGUACGUAGCGGCUGCGCGUGGCUACAACAAAGCAGCCGCCUGUCUGGUCGAAGCCGGUGCAGACAAGGACAAGGCGGAUCUUAGCGGGUUCACCCCCUUGCAUGCUGCAGUUGGCCGCGGCCACGUCGAGAUGACACGCUACCUUGUGAAUGCAGGUGCGAAUAAAGAUGCUGCAAACUUGGCGGGUAUCACUCCAAUGCUGGCCGCGGCAAAGAAAGGCUUUCUUCGCAUGGCACGGGUUUUGAUGGAGGCAGCGGCGGAUGUGAAUCGGGCAGAUGCAGGCGGGGUUACCCCACUGCAGGCAGCAGACGAACGAGGGCAUGCUGAAAUCGUGGAACUCUUGUUGGAAGCCGGUGCUGAUCCGAUUCACUUGAGCCAGAGCAAGCCUCCCGCGGAAGCGUGGCCCGCGGGCACUGUUCAGGAGACAUGUCACGCUGAGGACAUGGUGUGCCAAAAGCGCCCGCGAUACCAUGCUGCGACCAUUUAA